AUGGACGAUCCCCCGCCCCCAUAUACAGCAAGGCCUAUACGUCCCGUCCCUAGACGGACGCGUGUACCUCCCCCAGUCCCUAUUCCGGCGCGUGCACCUGCCCCUGCCCCUGCCCCUGCCCCUGCCCCCCCACUCGCCCAUACCGGUGCGGGCGUCGGCAGGUACAGUAAUGCCGAAAUGUUGUGGAUCCUCUCCACAAACCAUGCGACCAGGAUUGCGGACUUACGCGGCGAGAGGGGAGAAGUCUAUCGCCAGUACGGUAGUAACCCCUGGAAGCCUCAAAAGGAGCUCACCCGUCGGAUCGGGUCACCGUGGGGCGCUGCGCUCGCGACAUGCUACGUGAUCGGUAUGGUGCGGUUCAUUGCCCUAGCUACCUAUGCCAACGAGCGACAAGUGCCCGAAAUUCGCAUUGUCGCAGGACUCGGCCUCAUCCUCGCUAUUCGACGUGUUCACGCCUACUGGGAUCGCAUUUAUGAGUUCCUCGGUAUAGAACUGCCAAUCGAACUCCAAUUUCCCCUCCUCUACGAUUUCGGCGAAGCAGCUCGUGCAUUUCUCUUUGUCGAAAACCUCGGACCGUACCUCGCUCGGCCCGGUCAGGCAUAUAUGCGGCAGACGAAGAGGGAGUUGGCUGAGCCAAUGUGGCAACGAAUGGUGGCGCUUGCUAUGGUCUUUGGCACGUACAACGUCAUACCCAUGCUUGUCAACCACCUCCUUUUCGACAUCCUCAAACUCCCACCCUACCUCUGGCUCAGAUAUCCUCAGCUACGAUUCGUCAGUCAACAUCACAUUGCUCUACGGCUCCUCUUCCUCAUCGGCCUUCGGACGUUACGGUUCUUCGCUACUGAGGCUCAGCGGUACUGCCUCGAGCAAGGACGACAAUGGGCACGCGUCCCUGGGAUCCUCCGGAGCUAUGCGGAGGAGUGUAUGGCGAUAUACGGCGAAUCAAACCUGGUCAGGGACAAGGAGAUCGCAGAGGAGCUACCGGAUAUUCUUCUUCAGCGCAGGGCGCUCAACGAGAGGGAGGCGCACAUGAUGCGAGAAUCGCUCCGGACGGCGGAUGAAGAAAGCCCCUUAUAG